GCUCUGUGCUCCCACUCUCGACAGACAGUCGCUUUGUUUUGACAUUAAGUUGGAGGUUUUAAAUCCGGAAUCUCUGGGGAUUUCUUGAGCUCCACCUUAACACAGGGGUCGGGGACGAGCUGGGGAUCCCGUGACUCGGGGGCGCGCCUGGGACUUGGCUCCAAUGUGUAAAAGUUUGAAGUAAGGGAGGUCAGGUCUGAGCUGAGGAUUAACAGAGCUCUGUGUGUCCAGGACCUUGUCUCGGGGAUGGUGUCCCCCUGAAUUGUUGACCUGUUUCCACUACCUCUUCCCCCCUCACAUUGGGACGGUACAUUCCCUGUCGAUGUGAGGUACCGGAGACGUGUAGCGAUGUGUCGGACCAGCUUCUUACUCCAUCCAGCUGCUGCUUUGCUGCUGUUCAUGCCCAUCUGUCAGCUGUCUAAAUACACUCCAGGAGUGAUGCCAUUUGAGGAGGUUUGGAAUCGCAGUCACUGUCGGACCAUUGAGGUUUUGGUGGAUGUUGCUCGAGAGUUUCCGAACGAGGCGGAGUAUAUCUUCAAGCCCUCCUGCGUACCCCUCCUACGAUGUGCUGGCUGCUGUGGCGAUGAGAAGUUACGCUGCACGGUACGGGAGAUGUACAACGUAACGAUACAGGUCAUUAAAUUGAAACCUUUGGAUCAUGUGACUAGCCAAGAGGAGAAGAUCUUCACUGAGCACAGCAGCUGUGAAUGUCGACGGCGACGGAAGAGGUUGAAAAGUGACAGGAGAAACAACAAGAAGAAAGGUCAGAGGCGACGGACAAAGAUAGGAGACAUGCCUGAGCUUAACCAAUGCCCCUCAAUGAGUAGGAGGCACCUCCAAGCAGUCUGAGGCCUGGAUUGUGAAAUCACCGAACCGCAGAGAGAAUUUGAAUGGGGAGCUGCGGCAAUGACGUGCAACAUUGGCAGCAGCUUCACGUUGCUGUGGCUGCCUUUCCUAGUGUGGCUGUCUGAGUGAACCGGAAUUUGCUCAUUUUUUGAGGGGCGAAGGAGGCAGAGAGGGAGAAGCUCUGAAUUGUCCCAGUGCAGGAGGAGGCCAUUCCUCCCGCGGAUCCUGCACUGGCUCUCCGAGCGAGCGUCUCACCUAGCGCUGUUCUCCUGCCUUCUCCCUGUCACCUUGCACAUUGUUCCUACUCUUAAAUCAAUCCAAACGCCCUUUUGAAAAUUGAAAGUGAGCCUGCCUUUUUUUUUAAAGGCAGUGCAUUCUACAUUGCUUAAGAAAAUAGAUUCUUCUCUGUUUUGCUUCAUCGACCAACUUGGCUUUUAAAUCUAACCUCUCGCUUUGCAAGUGGGAACGGGACCUCCCUAUCUCCUGCAUCCAGCCCCCUGUUGAUUUAGAAAGUCUCUCUCUGUCGGAGCUACUGUCCGCCACAUUUUCACCAAGGAACACCGUUCCCUUCUGUCAACUGGAAACUGUAAAAGAGUGACUCUUACUUCAAUUGUGAUUUUUAAACAGAAUAUCCACCCAGCACCAUCUGUUUUAGAACUCCCAUCCAGAAAUCUCGUGAGCAGCACGUGUUGAAGAAUUGCAUGUGUCUGUAUUUUUAAACUGAUCUGGAACUCCCCUCUCUUUUUAUAUCUAAGAAAGGGACUUCCAUUUAUUUAGCACCUCUCGCAGCUUCAGGUUGUUUCCCCGGUUGCUUUCGAGGUGAGAGAUUGAAGCGUAACCACCGGCCUGUAGGAAGUGCUAAUGAGCAAGAUCCCAGAAAGCGGUAUGUCACAAAUGGAUGAUUGCAGAAGGCACCUCUUAAAUGGUCUGGGCAGUAGAUUCAUGGGGUCCCCUGAUCCUUUCACAUUACCCUAGUCGCUGAUUUCUACUGGGGUUUAGUUGUAGUUGUGCUGACCUGUGUGUGGUCUGUCUAUGUGAAUAUACUGUGGCAAGUGCUGAGGCUCCUGUGGCACACUACCACUGAGACAGAAGGCCUAGGUUCAGGUCUCGUCUGCUCCUGAGGUGUAUCCAUAACAUUUCUAAACCGGUUGGUUAGAAUUAUCUGAAAUGUGACACCUGUAGCAACUUGUCGCAGAGUUAUUCCAGCAUUUAAGAAAGCCAUUAGGUCUCUCUUGGUCCAUACCAGCUCUGAAUGAACAAUUUACUACUUGCCAUUCUCUCACCUUUUUCCCUCUAAUUCUUCCUUUUUCAGAUGACAGUAGCCCAACUGAACCUACCUCCAUCACAGCAUCAGGCAGUGCAUUCCAGACUGUGACCACUGAGUGAAAACUAUAUUCCUCAUUGCUUUUUUGCUUAUUUACUUUAAAUCUGUGCCCUCUUGGUCACCAUUGUUUCAAGAGUGAGAACAGUUUCUCCCUAUUUACUCUGCCCAGACCUCCGAGUUUUGAUCCCCAUAUUUAAGGAAGCAUAAGCUGGCAUCGGAGGCAGAUCAAAAGAGACUGAUGCUGAUUCCUGGGAUGGAAGAAUUAGAGCCAGAGAGAUAUACAGCACGGCUACAGAGCCAAACUUGUCCGUGCUGACCAGAUAUCCUAAAUUAAUCUAGUCCUGUUUGCCAGCACCCGGCCGAUAUCCCUCUAAACCCUUUCUAUUCAUAUCCCAAUCCAGAUGCCUUUUUAAAUGUUGCAAUUGUAUCAGCCUCCACCAGUUCUUCUUGUACUUUAUUCCAUGCACUGCCCUCUGUAUGAAAAUGUUGUCCCUGAGGUCCCUUUUCAAUCAUUUUCUCCCCCCCUCACCUUAAACCCAUGCCCUCUAGUUUUGGACUCCUCCCAACUCAGGGAAAAGAUCUUGUCUGUUUACCCUAUCCAAACCCUGAAAAGGUCACCCUUCAGCCUCCGACGGUCCAGGGAAACAGCUCCAGCCUAUUCAGCCUCUCCCUAUAGCUCAAACCCUCCAACCCUGGCAACAUCCUUGUAAAUCUUUUCUGAACCCUUUCACGUUUCGCAAUGUAAUUCCUAUAGGAGAGAGACCAGAAUUGCGCGCACUAUUCCAAACGUGGCCUAACCAAUGUCCUCCACAACAUGACCUCCCAACUCCAAUACUCAAUGCUCUGACCAAUAAAGGCAAGAAUAGCAAAUGCCUUUUUCACUAUCCUAUUUACCUGCGACUACACUUUCAAGGUACUGAGAGUCUGCACUCCUAGGUCUCUUUGUUCAGCAACACUCUCCAGCAUCUUAUCAUAAAGUGUAUAUGUCCUGCCUUGAUUUGUCCCUCGUACGUACCCAAAUUAAAACUCAGUUUGCCACUCCUCGGCCCACUGGCCCAUCUGAUCAAGAUCCUGUUGUACCCUGAGCUAACCUUCUUCACUAUCCACUACACCUCCAAUUCUACUGUCAUCUGCAAACUUACAAGUAAAGCUAAAGAGCUUUGGCCUUUAUUCAGUAGAGUUUAGAAGAUAUGAGAGAUGAUUUUGUUGAUAUAUACAAGUUUCUGAGCAGGCUUAACAGGAUAAAUAUUGAGAAGAUGUUUCCAUUAGUGAUGGAAUCUUGAACUAUGGGUAUGUAGUUACAGAUUAACAGGAUAAUAACUGGGAUACAAAGGUAUUUCUUCUCCUAAAGGAUGGAUAAUGUCUGGAAGUCUCUACCCCAGAGAGUUGUGGAGGCUUGAUUGUUUAGAGGAAUUAGAUAGAUUUCUGAAAUAGCCUUCAACUCCUUGAUAUGAGGAGUUGGCAUAAAAGAGGAGUUGAGGCCUGGGGCAGAUCAGUCGUGACCUUGUAGAAUAGAGGUGUAGGCUUGAGGGGCUGAAUGGCCUAUUCCAGCUAUUUACAUUCUUCUGAUUUUGAAAACCUCAAACAAAUCUGUCUUCUCUACUCUAGGGAAAACAGUCCCAGCUUUUCUCCCAUCUGUCCUUAUAACCAAAGUUCCUCAUCACUGGAGCCAACCUGGAGUUGUAAAGCUCUUCCAGUCCCUUCACCUCCUUCCUAAGGUGUUGUGCCUAAAGCUGGUUACAACACUGCACCUGAGGCCAAACUAGUGCUGUUUGAUAUUUUCCACAAACAACCUGCUCCGAUGUGAUGACACACCUCUGGAGCAGGUGGCACUUGAGCCUGGGUCUCCUGGCUCAGAGAUAAGGACACUACCACUGCACCACAACAGCCUUCAAAUGUGUCUCUCCCAUUGGGUCCUCUAGCCCUUUUCUCAAGAAAAUACAGUCACUGUAAAAGAACUGCUAGCUUUCCAAAAAAAAGGUUUUGCAUCCUCACUUGCAGUUGACCUUGAGUAUGGAUUAUCAUUGGCAUGUCUUGCAACUGAACCAUGAAAUUCUGCACACAUUUAUCGUAUUAUUCUCUCAAAGAUCCCAAGGCAAAGGUUGAGCUAUUCUGAU